CAGUCCACACUCAGUUCGUCAGAGAGAGAGAGAGAGAGAGGAGGUGCAUAAUGGACCCGGUCCCUCUGCUGCUCAUCUUGGUCUCUUAUGUGCCGCUCGGCUCGGCGAUCUACGACGGGCCCCUCCAACCGGAGAUCUCCAAUGGCUCCUUCCAUCACUUCUUCGUCCCAGACGGGGAUUACGAGGAGAACGUGGACCCGGAGGAGUGCCAGAUGCUGUUUAAAUUCUCGGAUGUGUAUCCAUGCGGGGCCUCAGAGGAGCGGGACUCGGUGGUCCGGGACGACUUCAUCAUCUCCAAGCUGCAGGCGGAGGACGCGGCGCGGCUGCUUGAGGGCAUCGGGCGGACUGUGGCCUACGACCUGGACGGAGAGGACAGUUACGGGAAGUUCCUGCAGAGGGAAAUCUCCCAGAUCGGUGAGGCUUUCUCCAGCGUGGACAAGUCUCUGUUGGAGCUGGAGGUAAAGUUUAAACAGAGUCAGGAGACGGAGCUGAGAGAAGAGCAGCAGCUGAACGGAUACGUGAUGAAGCAAGUGAGCGACAUCAGGGGCGCACUGAGGGGAACCACCGACAUCUCUGUUGGACUGAAGGACAAACACGAGCUGCUGUCUCUCAUCAUCCGCAGUCAUGGUAGCAGACUGAGUCGUCUGAAGUCAGAAUUCCUACAAGUUGGCUCCUAACAGCUCAAAGUGUGUUUGUGAGUGUGUUUGUGUUUGUGUGUCUUUCUGUGACCCUCCAGUUCAUCAAACAACUGGAAAGUUUGUUGUGGGUUAUGAAUAUCCCUCCUAAGUAUGUUGAAUGUGUCAUUAGAGGGGGAAACAGCAGCAUAUUCCUCUGAGUCAGGAGGGGAAAAGGAAAUGUGACCAUGAAUUGUGUCUGCAUGGAGCCCUCUGUGCCACCUCUGAGGAUGUAUUUUAUUCUGGAGGGAGAAAGAAAAUAAAACCCUCCAACGAGAUUUAUUCCCCUCAGAAUCAAUAAACAAGCUGCUUUUUGUCUGUAUAGUGUAAAUUAUGUUGCCGUUACAGUUUAAGUAUUCACUGAUCAAAUAAAUGUUUCAUAUUCAUCUAAUAUCUGAAAGUUGUCUGCUGCUUACAAGCUUGUCCUGAGACGUUUCAAGACAAAGCUUAUAGUGUGUAAAAAUACAUGUCCAUCCUUUGAAGCUUGAGGUUUCCAUAAACAGUGUAAACCUUUGAAAUCUGUUCUUUUUUUAAUAUCCAGCCGUAGAAAUGGGCCCUCCCCCCCGCCCUCCCUUCCUCCUAGUCUUCAUCUAUUUACAUCCCCAACUUUGUUGUCGGCACUACAAGUAGCAGUCUCGACCAUCCCGUCAAACAGCUCUGGUUAAUUGGCGACUGAGGUUUGUAACUGCCUCCCACUUCCAUCUGGAAGUCAUCUACUGCAGUAUGAAAUAUGUUUGUCCGGAGGCAGCCGUUGCUAACAUUAUCUGCCCUUUAGUCUGUCAUGCGCUAUAAAAAUUUGUGAUUGAUAUGAA